AUGUACGACAAUGUACUCCGUGCCAAGGCUAUAUUCAUGAUUCAUAGUGGCAACGAGACGGCCGGAAAUCAAAGUCGCGACCAGACAUUUCUGCGAUCCCCCGGUUUGCGCUAUUCCGGCCCAUGCACGGCUCCUGCCACAUAUGCACCCUCGGCGUACGGCCCGAUUUCGAUCUGUCAUUAUCAAAACUUUCCACACACGGCCACUUUUCUUUCUCCAGCCAUGUCGUCCCUUGAAGAUUUCUUUUCCGUGCAAGUGUUUUUCAUCGUUUUGCGCGAGGCAUUGGAACUGGCCAUCAUCAUCUCUGUUCUCUUGGCCUUUGUCAACAAGAGCUUGCAGACAAAUGAAACAGAACCACAAUAUCAAAGCACAGACAACAAGCAGCACACAGCACAAAAAGAGCUCCGAAAUUUGAAGUGGCAAAUCUGGAUUGGCGGCCUCUGCGGCUUUCUUGCCUGUUUGGUUGUGGGGGCCUUCAUUCUAGCUGUGUUUUAUGCCCUCGGAAGUGAUUUGUGGAGUACCACCGAACAUUACUGGGAGGGAGUGUUUUCCAUCCUUGCAAGCGUGAUUAUCUCGGCCAUGGGCGUGAAAAUGCUCCGAGUUAACCGCAUGCAACAAAAGUGGAAGCAGAAGUUGGGCGAUAUUAUUGACCAGUACAACUAUUUGGAUGUCGAAGCGUCCAAAACGUGGUCAGAAAGAAACGCCAUGUUCAUUCUCCCCUUCAUUACGACAUUGAGAGAAGGACUCGAAGCAAUAGUGUUUGUGGGCGGCAUUGGUGUCAACGAAUCCACUUCGGUUUGGGCCAUUCUAAAUGCUACCCUUUUGGGCAUCGCCAUUGGGGCUAUAGUGGGUAUCAUUAUGUAUCGGUCGGGGAAGACGCUUUCCAUCCAGAUGUUCAUGAUUGUGUCCUCUUGCUUUUUGUAUUUGGUGGCUGCUGGUCUUUUCUCAAAAGGUGUGUGGAACUUUGAGCUCCAGCGUUUCAUUGACCUUUGCGAUGGCUUUGAUGUGUCGGAAACUGGCCACGGACCAGGCUCUUACGACAUUUCCAAUAGUGUGUGGCAUGUGAACUGUUGUAAUGGCGAGUUGCCCGAAGAUGGAGUCGGAUGGAUGCUUUUCACUGCUGUAUUCGGAUGGACAAACAGCGCCACCUACGGCAGUGUCAUUGGCUAUAACUGCUACUGGAUUGCGGUUAUUGCAAUGUUUUCUGCUUUGCUCUACGAGGAAAAGCAUGGCAAGUUGCCUGUGAUUCCGGAAUCUUGGCAAAGAAAAAGAAUGGCCAAGCAUCGGCAGAUUCCGUUGCCUUCUUCUUCUCGGGAGAGCUCUGAGUCUGUUCAUUCUACGACCCCACUUCAAACAAAAACCACGAGCUAA